AUGCUGAAAUAUGGAUUCAAGCAAAGUCAAGCUGAUCACACCUUGUUUGUGAAACACUCCUCACAUGGUAAGACCACAGCUUUUAUUGUCUAUAUUGAUGAUAUUGUUCUGAUAGGAGAUAAUGUUGAGGAGAUUUCUUGUUUGAAAGAAUACUUAGCCAAAGAGUUUGAGAUCAAAGACUUAGGCUAUUUGAAGUACUUUUUGGGCAUUGAAGUAGCUCGGUCCAAGGAUGUCAUCUUCAUUUGCCAGAGGAAGUAUGUACUUGACUUGCUAAAGGAAACUGGAAUGCUUGCAGAAGUUGCCAUUGCUGUGAGCACAGUGAGCCAGUUUAUGCAUGCUCCUAGAACUUCCCACUUGGAGGCUGUUAUGAGAAUCCUGAGAUACCUGAAGUCUUCUCCUGAAAAGGGUCUCUAUUUCUCAAAACAUAGCCAUCUCAGUGUGGAGGCAUUUACUGAUGCAGAUUGGGCUGGAUUAGUCACUGACAGACGAUCAACUUCCGAAUACUGCACAUUUGUGGGUGGCAACCUAGUCACAUAG